AUUUUACAAGGCGCGUAAAAACCGUAAAAUCGGUCUCAUUAAAACACAAACGCAUAUCCUUUUGUUAAAUUAGAAAAAAAAUCUUUCGAUUUUAAUGCUAGAAGCGGCUAAAAUUUCCAGUAGUUUUCAAGUUUAAUAUAGUGAAAUUGCAAAAUGAGCAUACCACCGAUCGCCCAAAUUAAAACCGAACCCAAUCUUGAACAAGAAGAAACUCAAACAAUUGCGACUACUUCCGGCAUACCAGGGUCCGUUGAGUUGGUGGACCUCACCAACGACGAGUACUUCGAUGAAUUUAAGAACUUUCUUGCAAACAUCGCGGACCACCGGAAGCAGGCUACCAGCAAACGCAACCGACAGGUAAAGCACGUUACCGAAGUGAUGGCCCUUCAAGUGGUACACCUCCAGCGGAUCAGUUUCUACCAGGAGUCAUACGUUUGUUCCCUGUUUGGAAUCGAUUUCCGCAAUGUGAUGAUCUACGGACGGAUUACCCCCGGCAGGGUCAAACAUGAAAACAAUACACAGGUUUACAAGCUGGACGACGGAUCGGGUGUGGUGGAGGUCCAUUACGCUCACGGGUUGAAACGAGAUUUGGACAACCUCACCGCUGUGAAUUCCUGCGAAAACACCUUACAGACUCGCACUCCACUCAACGAGGAUCAGGUUCCGAAAGAUCCCCAGCAGUUGGCAGAUCUGAAGUUACUCCUAGGCUUGGUAAAAACGCGCUGCCAGCAAAGGUUGCAGUAUUUUCCUCUGGGCACGCGUUGUUUCGCCAUAGGCAGACCCUUCAUGAAUCGAAGCGAUCGAGUAUCGAUCUAUGCCUACAGUAUGCACGCCGACAACGAUACAGUGGGCAGAUCAACCGAGAUCUUCUGGAAGACGCAUCUGGCCUUGUGUUACGAACAAAAGUAUGCAAGUGGUGCAUUCUAAGAGGAGCUUUCCAUCUUGCAAAUGUAGAUCUGAGUUUGAGAAGACAUUUUCGAAGAAGCUAGUUGCAGAAUUGCAGAUUUAUAAUUACACAGGAAAAGUGCAUUUUUAUUGAGUCGAUUAGAGGUUUUGUAAAAAGGUGAUUCUACUCGAAUAAAGAUUAUCAUUAAACAUACAAA